ACAGAGCAGCUACUUGAAGGUUCACCUACGCAUCCACUCAGGCGAGCGACCAUACCGCUGUACCAUCUGCUCCAAGUCCUUUGUGCGGUCUUAUCACUUGAAGACACAUAGGAAAACACACUACCAUGACAGCCCUGAGUUCAAAGCAUUCAUCCUGUACAAUAACUACCAAGGAUGAUAAGUCACAGAAAGGACACCUCCACCACUGUGAUCACUGUGACUAUAAAACCAGAAGACUGUCCGACCUGAAAGCACAUACUAGGGUCCACACAGGUGACAAGCCAUUUCACUGCCCUUCAUGCUCUCUGAGCUUCUCAAAAAAGGGCACUCUUGACUCACACCAGCGUGUCCACACCGGUGAACGGCCAUUUAAAUGCCAUUUGUGCCCUCGGAGCUUCUCACACAGAAACGCUCUAAAGGUUCAUUUGCGCAUCCACUUUGGCGAGCGGCCAUAUCAGUGCCCCUCCUGCUCUCGGACUUUUGCGGAUAAGAGCCAUUUGAAUAUUCACCUACGCAUCCACUCAGCAAAGCUGACUUUGGAAAUCGGCUUUAUGCCACGAGACUGGCCGUACUUUCCACACUACGAAGCUAUCGGCAAGGAUGAUGAAAAUGGAGUCGGUGCCAUUUCCGACAGCGGUGGAUCCUUUGCAUAAAAACACAGCAAACAAGGCAGAAAGAAGGAACCUGGAGGCUCGUGAUGUACAUGUGAUGUCGUUUCUCGUUUCGGAUAUCAGAGAAGGCUAGAAAGAAAUGGGACUGGCAGUCACUAGUAGAGGAAAGGGGGUGUCUGUGUUAGCAGCGAAGCUCGCCUCCUCGCAACAUGGUGACCUCACAUUUCAAUUCCUUCUAUCUCCUUUAAUCAUGAACCAGUUUUAAAGAUUAUUGUGGUAAAAUGCGCCCCCAACGGAUCUUAAAAAGUUCCAGUGUCUAAGCACAAUUUCUGAUAGGGCUCUGUGGGAUGCGUUGGUCUGUACUCAUGUGCACCGGAAAAGCUGACUGCAUAUGGUUUUUAUCCCAGACCAAGAUGAAUUGCUUGUCAACUGCGAAGGUUUGUUUCUGAGAAACCCGUAUAGAUUUCCUUUUGAGUUUCAUACUACAGUCAGGUUGAUGACAACUUUUUCAUUUCAUGUUUUUUAAGUGUAAAGGGGCCCUGUAACACAUUGAUAAAAUCUUUGGUAAAAGAAGGAGCAUAAAUGCUAAUUUCUCAUUGGGGAGUUUGCGGUGCCGGAGUGUUUUACGUUCUAUACUCCAUCUCACAAGUAUCUUGCAGCACUGCCAAAGGUACGAGGCGUACAUAAGCAUUGUAGUUCCAGGCAUAACUGGCUGAUUAUUGGCUGGAAUUAAGAGUUCAGUUUUUGCUCGCUACAUGAUACGGCACAGCGAUAGACGAGAAGAAAGGGAACCGAGGGGCCCGAUUAAUAUUAAUCAUAUCAUAAGAAGCCAACUAACAAUGACACCAAGGAUAGGUGACAUGUUAUGGUCUUUGCGCAUGCACGUCUUAUAUCGAGAAUUCCUGUGGCACUUACCGCCGGUAAUGGUAAUAGCCACCCUGACGGGGGCACUUAUGGAAAAAUGGCAGCACCCAUACAGUGCCGACCACCCGCUUCGGUUUGAAUUCACACUUUCUACUGGCUGUAUGCCCGUCUGAAAGAAACAAGGGGCAAAAUCCGUCAUCGAUAAGUCUCAUCACAAGCUGAGGUCAAAUCAUUAGGUAGGUUUUGUCGUAAUUAUUGAGAUCGGCUGUUUGGUUUAACUGCAGAUGCGGCGCCAAGCCGUAAAACUGGCUUGAUUUAUAGUUAGCAGAUUGUCGCCACACCAUUAGAACUGGUGAUGCAUUGACGAUGAGGAAUGCUAUAAAGGCCUAGGCUGGUAUUUUGUAGCAAUGCCUUUCCGAUGCUAAUGCCUUUUCGUGCUUUCCGCGCCUGGUCAGUGGUCAGAGCGACGGUCCACUCACGUUAUCAGCUGGAUCAGCCGGCCGUGAGCGGUGGAUGAUAAGACUAUCAUAGAAUAAAGCAUAACGCAUCGCUACAAAAUACUGACCCUAAUUGUUCACUGCAUCAUUAAUUUACUACCCCACUCUAGCAUGGUAAGUGGUGGCGGUAGGGAGAAAACGCCAAGUAGAUGCUGAACAGAUGCUGUGACGCAGGUGAACAUUUAGCAGGUUGUUCGCCCUUACCACUUGCUAAGGAGGCAGCAAGGUAACUGCAGGGAAGGCGUAAAGGUGAAGCGAAGCCCCGUUGUCGCAUACAUGUAAACGAAGCUUAGGGUAAUGGCAUCAAAGCACAUUUUGUGUCAAAAUACCAACUAUGAUGGAUGUACAGACAGGAUGCCAAGCAGAGGCUGAACACAGUGCGGAUUAGCACAUCUCAAGGCGCUUUCGGCCUUCCUCUUGGUUAAGAAAUUGUGUAGUUUCCGCAACGCUGCAAGGAACUACUGAGAUAGAGUAUAGUUCUCUCUGACAUUUCGACCACCGCAGCAGGAGGCGACAAGACGUUUCAUAUUCAUCUUCCAUCAGUAACAGAGUGACCAUAUUUCUUUUGAAAGAGGCUGUGUAUUUAGUAUUGUGCCUUGCGGCUGGUCUAAAAGGUUCAUUGUUGGCUACACGUUUGUUCCCUACUUUCUCUGCCGGCAUGUGUAUCACUAGCAGAUAAAGAAUGCUGUAUUCGCAACCUCAUGCACUGUAUAGGAUUUGCAAGAUGUAGAAUAGCUUUUGUUAGUGGGUGCACCUUUGGGAAUUUUCUUUCAUGUGUGUGACUGGUACUUCCAGUUUAUGUUCUUUGGGCAUGAAAAGAUGUGAUCUCUUCUAUUCAUCCCACAUUUUUAUUGCCUUUUGUAUGUAUAAGUCUUCGUUUAGAAUAAUCUUUUUUUUAUUUCUCUGAGCCAUGUUGUUGUCUUCAUGUAUGGAAGCAUUCCUUUACAGCAGUUGAAUGACCUGCCUUCACUAAGAAUUCAGUCUGUUCUGGAGGACUGUAUCAAUCAUUGUGCUUGAUGAGUGCAUUGCUAAUGUUGUUUAUAUGUUUUCUUUUUGUUUGCACUUAUUAUGAUAACCUCUCGUGCAAUCAUUUCUUAAUAAAAAUAAUCUUUUUCUUUUCUGUUUUUAUAGUCUCCUUAGCAUUUUAUUCUCUUUGAUGCUCCAAUAAAAUAUCGUUGAUGGUACUUGCAAGUUUUAUUUCUUAUUGCCAUUGAGUGACUUUGCUAUGACUUAUUCAUAACCAAUGUAAUAUGUGAGCCAGUUCCUAAAUUUCAUGUGUAUUGUUUUCAAUUUUUUUUCAUUCCUACAUUGGUUUAUCUAAGACACUGGCAAAUUUGUCACCACUGCUGUUCCAUGUCUGAUACACAGUUUAUACGAAUGUUUGAAUACCCUGAAAAGCCUUUAGUCUGAAAACCACAUUUUCAGAGCCUUACGUGUUUUAGAACAUUUAUGGGUUCUUAAAAUUUUUGAAGAAUAAUUUUGUGUUAGCAGUAGCUGAAUGAAUAUUCAGACAUGGGGAGAAAAAUAUGUCAGGACUAUGAAAACCUCUUGACAUCUUUAUUCUGAAAGUGGCUUUAAAAACGUUUUGUUGCUUUACUAUGCGUAUCUAUCCUAGGGCACAACGGCAGAAUGUAUUUCACCCGAUGUCAUGAUGAAAUUUUUGCAGUGCCUAGCACCAAAUCCUGUUUUGACGGCUGUGUAGUGAGUCGCAUGUCAUGCUUAUAGUUAACAUGUGGUGGCUCUCAAACACUUGAGGAAUGGUCUCCUUGUAGCCAAAGAGCAUACUGUACCUGGAAAUUGUCAGUGACCGUCGUGCUAUUUAAUGUGGUAAAUAUGACCAUCAAAGGAACUCUUGGGAUACCAAAUACAGUGUUUUAGGUUUUUUGUUAAUGCAAAUUCGAGGUGAAGUUGUUUAUAAAGAGUUUGAUCAGCCUGAACUAGUUCUAGUUUGACCUCUUAUAGGACAACAGAAUAUAUAUCAAGCAUUUUAUCCUUAGGUGCCAGCAGGUAAGUGAAGAAGUGUUUAAUGUUAAACUUGUGAUUACUGUUAAGAACGUAAAGUGUGUUGUUGGCAAAUUUGGGUAUUUUGCCUUGUACAUGCAUUAAAAUGUAAAUUCCAUGUUUAAAGCAACAAUUUAUGUAAUCGCUAAGUAGGAUACAGUUCUUGAAAGUCAUUUGAAAUGGGUACAUAUGUCUCAUCCAAGCCAGCAUGAACCCCGGUGCAAUAUUGAUCUGAAGUUUAAUUUUGACUGAAGCAUGCAAAUGUGUCACCUUUUCAAAAGAUAAUUGUGUGAGAAGCUGGACUAAUCUGUCUGUCCUGUUUUUCAGUUUCCAGAAAGGCUCCCGAAUUGCACUUGUGCCAGUGUCUGACAGCUAACUUCCUGAGCAGCAAUAUUAAUAUAUAGCGUUUGUUUUAUGUUCGUAAACUCUAAAUACUAGCUGUGCAUGGCUCACGGUUCUUGCACCAUAGCAGUAAUACAUUUUUAUGUACCUGAGCUUGUGAACACUUGAACACUGUUUGCUGAGUGACCCAUUUCGCUAUUGGAAAAAGAACAACAGCUCAAGCUGUCAUGAAUUUCAGCGCUCUGGAGACAAGAUACUACAAUGUGUGCAUGAUAGACAAAUGUAACAGGAAACAUGUAAGGCCAAGCAACACAUGAAUACUUAAACAAUAGCACUAUGUAGUGUAACCCAGAUGUAUCGAAAUCAAAGGGGAUCGCAAUAUAGUUAUAUCUAUCUAUAAUUGUAAAUAUUUAGUAUGCCUAGGUGGAGCUUAUCUAAAACCUCCGCAUGUCUUAGAUAAUUUCCCGAGAUUGUGAAAAGCGAGAAUUUAUGGAUUUGCUGCUACAAGGCUGUGUCACACGCACAAAAGUUUACUUUUUUUUACUUAUGAAUGUUGCUCCUGCUCCAUAGUGGUCUACCAUUGACAAUGUGUCGCCUGAAUAAAAGAUUGUGGUGCAUCUGGUGCACGUUGAUGUCGAGAUAAGGUUGAAUUGGACCCAGUACGGAAGCAAACCAGCAAGCGCCGUUCCGACAUCAGCGCACUUGUUCUGUGAAUUGCACCUGUUGUGCCAGGCUGCGUGUAAUACUAGUGUCACAAGGCCAUUUUCGAUCAUAAUUUAAUCGCAUCAGGAGCUGAUUUUUCAAUUACAAGUAGCUCCUUCCUCUAGAUUGCUUAAAGGAGCCAAUCAUGACCAAGAAAUUCGAUCUCGAUCGGGCUCGACAUGAUCGAAAGUGUGCUGUCUGAAACCGUAUUAGCCAUAUGACUGAUCA